GCGCAGGUUGAUUCUCGUUAGAUAGUAAACUAUUGUAUUUAUCUUCUCUGUUACAGAUGUAUUUUCGUAAAAACAAAUACAAUAUUUUAUAUAUGGACUUAUUUGCUUUAUUUUUCAAAACUUUCAAUUGUGAUACAUUAUUCAUUAACUUGUAAUAUAUAAAAAAUGUAAGUUAUAAAAGAAAUCUUUAUUCAUCAGUGGAAAGAUUUAUUUAUAUUUUAACAUGGAACCAAUAUCAGAUAGUGAUGAUUUCAUUCCUCCUACACCAAAAAAUAUAAAAGAGAAAGCAUCUUUACUUGCCAGAUCUAAUGUUAAAAUUUCAAAACCCCACAAGAGAAAAAAAAUCACAAGUUCUCCAACUAAAAGAUCUCCUGAUUAUAAAAAACUUAAGAACAAGAGCAAGCAAGUCUCUUUGCUUAACUACAUGAUGAAAAACAGAACGUCAGACAAUAGUGAUGUCUAUAGAACAUCUUCUUCUAAUAUAAAAAUACAUACAUCUGAAAAGCAACUAAAUCAACAUCAUAACACCGCAAAAAAUGAUUGCUCUGUUAAUAUCAUAUUUGAUAAAUCUGUUUUAGAAAGUGCAAGACAGACUUGUUCUGUGAAUAAAUCUGUCAAAACGAAUUUAAUAAACCAGUUUGAAACUGCAGAGCUGCAAUGCAAUACUUCUAAAUUAUCUGCAUCAACAUGUCUCAUACCGCAAGUUAAUGCAAAAAUUGAUCUAAGUCACAAUCUUAAUGCACCUCUUCUAAGCACUUCUAGUAAGACUGAUUCUCAAAAUGUUGCCUCAAACAUGAACAAUAAAUCAAACUCUACUUUCUUGACUGGCAAAGAUUGUGAAAACAUUAAAACAAAUUCACAUUUAGAAGUAAUUGAUACAAGCAUUUGCUCUGAGGUUCAAAAUCUGAGACUUGAUUCUGCUGGUCAUGAGACUGAUAAUAAAGUUGUUAAAUGCAGAGAUUCUCCUUCCAAAAAUAUUACUUGUGAUAUGGAAAAUUCUUUUAGUUGGAUGACUGAGCUAGAAUGGAAAAAUGAUACUUUUAUCCAAGAUGUCACCUUAUUGGAACCUCAUGUUGAUGAAAAUGAUUUUAAAUUUAGCUCAUCACAAAAAAGUUCUGUUUUGUUUCGAGUACAAGAUGUAAAUCGAAGCAGUGUUCCUUAUGAAGUUAAAUUGAUUUUGAAAGCUCAAGAUUCCAGUUUAAAGUCAUGUUAUCUUAGAGGAUUUUGGAUUGAUAGUUUAGUCAAUGUUGGAGACAUUGUGCAUGUUAUGUCUGAGUUUGAAAAGGACACAUGUGUUAUAAAUGACAAAACUGGAUUCCUUGUUGUCAACCCUGAUUUCCUAUUGUCAAGCACGGCCAUUGUUUCAACAUUAUUCUGCAUGAGGAAGGCUGUCCUCAACCAUAUCCUGCCAUCUUGGUCUUCAGGGAAUAAAGUUAUGAUGAUUGGAAAUUUAGUUCAUGAUAUAUUUCAACAGACUGUUAAUGGAGGGAUUGGUUCUGUUGAAGAAAUUAAUAAAAUUCUUGAUUCAGUUUUAUGGAAGCAGGAGAAUUUACUAGCAUUAAGUUGCCAAAAUUUGUCCUUUUCUGAGAUCAAGGAACAAGUAAAAGAAUAUGUUCCAAAUAUUGCUCUGUGGAUUAAAAGGCAUGCUUCUUUAAAUAAAAUGAAUGCAUCUGAAAAUAUACAAGUCACGUGUGUAGAGGGUAUAGAAGACAAUGUAUGGUGUCCAAAGUAUGGAAUUAAAGGAAAAAUUGAUUUAACCGUGAACACUUUAUUUCGUGACCAGAAGAAAACUAAAAUCUUACCUUUGGAGUUAAAAACUGGUCGCCCUACCUUUUCUGCUGAACACACGGGUCAGGUUAAUUUAUACACUCUUAUGAUGGAUGAGAGAAUGAAAGAUGUUUCUGAAGGAUUACUGCUGUAUUUAAAGGAUCCCACUAACAUGAAAUUAGUAUCUGCAGACCAUAAUUCUAGAAGAGGUCUAAUACAGCUUCGAAAUGAGCUUGCAUUUUAUACGUAUAAGUGGUUUUCUUCAACGGAGUACCAAAAUGAAGAUAUUGAGCACUGCCAUCUUCCAACUCCAAUAAAUAAUAAGAGAAUGUGCCAAAAGUGUCCUUAUCUUCUACCAUGUACAGUUUAUCAAAAAUCUUUUUUAGAAACUAACAAAUUAGAUCCAAAUCAUGCUAUGGUCUCUUUGAUACCAUCAACUACUAGUCAUCUUACUUCUAGUCAUCUGGAAUAUUUCAUACAUUGGUCAAAUCUUCUUCUUUUAGAAUCAACUAGUUCAGCAGUGUCUAAUGCAUUUUGGACGGAAGAUGCUUUUUCUAGAGAGAAAAAAGGCAUGUGUCUAAGUUGGAUGGUGUUGGAAAAAUGCAUACCUAUAAAUGAAACGGAAGAGAAGUAUUAUAUGAAUAUUUUCAAUCGAAAUGUAAGCAGCCCUGUUUUUGAGCAGCAUUUAAAUGGUGGUUUAAGGGCAGGGGAUUAUGUUGCAUUAAGUAAUCAAGAUAAUUCUGAUGAAAUAGCCAUUUCAAUGGGAUACAUUUUGGAUGUCAAUGACGUUUGCAUCAAAGUUGGUACUGACAGAGAUUUAUAUGCUGUGCCACAUUAUAAAACUUAUAAUUUUCGAAUCGACAAACAAGUUUCAAAUAGUGCUACUGCUUGCAUUCGAAACAACCUGAUGCUGCUGAUGUCUGAUGAUGAACAAGCUGCUAGACUUAGAAAAUAUAUUGUGUCUAAAGAGAAUCCUAACUUUUUGAAGUCACUACCUAAAAAUGUAGUGUUACUGGGUCGCUCUAUAUUAAAAGUACUGAACAAAAUUCAACAAAAAGCUAUUCUCAAAUCUUUGAUGGCUGAAGAUUACUUUUUAAUCAAAGGAAUGCCGGGAACUGGUAAAACAUCCACAAUUGUUGCCUUGGUGAGACUAUUUGUGAAAAUGGGCUUAUCAGUUCUGUUAACUAGUUACACCCAUUCUGCAGUUGACAAUAUUCUAUUGAAGCUUAAGGAGCACAUUCAAUUUGUAAGAAUUGGCCAAGGAUCAAGAAUUCACUCUGGAGUGAAAGAGUUUUCAUUUGAAACAUUAACUAAACAUUUUAAGACAGUAGAAGAAUUUCAAACAUUCAUGAAGGAACAGAUGGUGGUUGCCACAACAUGUUUAGGAAUAAAUCAUGCCAUAUUCAGUGUAAGGAAAUUUGAUGUAUGUAUAGUGGAUGAAGCAUCCCAAAUAAAUCAGAUUGCCUGCUUGGGUCCCUUGUUUCAUGCUAAGAAAUUCAUUUUAGUUGGUGAUGACAAACAGCUUCCACCUCUUGUGACAAAUGAAAAAGCACGGAGUAAAGGAAUGGAAGAAAGUCUUUUUCAGAGAUUAGCAAAUCCUGAAAAUAGUAUUGAAUUAGUAAUACAAUACAGAAUGAAUGAGGAAAUUAUGAGAUUGUGUAACGAAAUUACUUAUGCUGGCAUAUUGCAGUGCGGCUCAGAAAACAUUGCCAAAUCUACUAUACAGUUGAGUGUUGUUGAAUCUUUGAAAUCUCAAACACCAUCAUGGAUUCUUACUGUAAUGAAAUGUGACUUAAUGUAUUCUGUUACUUUUCUAAAUACAGAUGAAAUAGUCAAUUCAAGUAAAAUAAGCCUACAAAGACAGGAAACUAAUGAAUAUGAAGCAAAUAUUGUCAAAUCAAUUGUAGAGUUUCUCAUUAAUAAUAAUAUUGAAAGUGGAGAUAUUGGCAUCAUUUCUCCCUAUCGCCAGCAAGUUGACCUAAUUAAGAGGAAAGUAAAGGAAUUUCAGAAGAGUGAUAUUGAAGUUAAUACUGUUGAUCAGUAUCAAGGCCGUGAUAAAGAUAUCAUAAUUAUAUCUUGUGUCAGGUGUAAGGAAUCAUCAAAUGAAAAUAAAUUGAAAGGAAGCAUUUUAAAUGAUGAAAGGCGUCUAAAUGUUGCUAUCACAAGAGCUAGAAAAAAACUGAUCAUCAUUGGUUGCAAAACUUCUUUAAUACAAUUUAAACCAUUCCAAGAUAUAUUUGCUUGCUUAAAGAAAGAACAAGUUUUAAACCUUAAUAGCAAGGAUUUUCCACUUUAAUUUAUGUGUGCUGUAGAAAUGUAAACUAUUUAUGUUCAUUCUAAAUAUUUUUAUGAAUUACAUUAACAUAUUUUUGUAAGUUACACAUUAAAAUAUACAUUGGUAGUAAAACAUAUAAAUAUUAACUGUUUACCUAUUUGUGCUUAAAUAUUUAAUCCAUUCAUGUGAAUAACAUAUAUUUUUGUAUUUUUAAAAAUAGCAAAUUUUAUAAGUAUUUUUCUAUAAAUCCUGGAUUAAAAUAUACAUAUCAAUUCAUAUUUGUGUGUACGUAUAUAUAUAUAUAUAAGAAAAUAUACUUAAAAAAUUCUACGGUUGCACGUUAAAAUACAUAACUGCUUGUAUGGCUAAUGAAUAAAACUGGAAUUAGUGAUAGUAUCAUUUAUGCAUAAAACUUAUCUUAUGAAGUUCGUAAGCACACUGUUUUACCCAUCAUGAAUAAUCAGUAAUUAAAAUACAUGCAUGUAAAGUUUACUAGGCAGUUUUG